AUGAGACGAAGCUUGGCUCCUUCAACGGUCGGUGGGACUUCGUCGUCACCUGCGAUAAAACCAUGCGUCUCGCUUGGUGACGGCACAAAAUUACGGGAACGGAAAAAACACAAAAUGAACGCAUUAGAAAAUAACGAAAAUCCCGACCGAAAUGAGCUUAAAAGUCCAUAUCGUAAAAUCUUAGUCACAGCUAUUGAAGAUUUAAUGCAAAAAGAACGAGGUUUCCAUGAAGAAAUGAUCAGCAGGCUUCUCAGCAGGCCUUUCAAAAUCCCCAUUCCUGAUUACAGAAGUCCUGGCCGGGCUCGUCCUCUUGGUCUCCGUCAUUCAACGGUUCGCUGUGCACUGUUUGAUCCAUAUAGUGAAGGAGCCUUGGUGCUGUUUACACCACCGGAACUUAGUGCACAUGAUGCGCUCAAACUUGAUACUACUAACAAGCAGAAGGUACAUGUUGUGGUGGAUCCAACAUUGAGCGCUGUUCUGCGACCUCAUCAACGGGAAGGUGUGAAAUUUAUGUAUGAUUGCGUCACCGGUGUUCGCAUUCCUUCCGCUCAUGGUUGUAUCAUGGCAGAUGAAAUGGGUUUGGGCAAAACGCUGCAAUGUAUCACCUUAAUGUGGACAUUACUUAGACAAGGACCAGAUGCAAAACCGACAUUGAAUAAGACAGUGAUCGUUUGUCCGAGCAGUCUUGUCAAGAAUUGGGAUAAAGAAAUUAGAAAGUGGCUCGGCGGACGAGUGAAUGCAUUACCCGUGGAUUCGGGAGGGAAAGAUGAAAUUGACAGGAAUUUAGAAAAGUUUAUGUCUCAGAUGGGUGUGCGUUGUCCUACACCUGUACUCAUUAUUUCCUAUGAAACUUUUCGUCUUCAUGCUUCCAUUCUAUUGCAAAAGGAAAUUGGAUUAAUUAUUUGCGAUGAGGGUCACCGAUUGAAAAAUAGCGAUAAUCAAACAUAUCAAGCACUUUUCGGUUUAAAAUGUGAACGACGAGUACUUAUUUCUGGCACACCAAUACAAAAUGAUCUCUUGGAAUAUUACAGUUUGAUAAAUUUUGUCAAUCCUGGUUUGCUUGGAACAGCCUCGGAAUUUAAACGACGUUUCGAAAAUAUUAUUCUCCGAGGUCGAGAUGCCGAUGCGACAGAUGCGCAACGCGAAAAAGGUGAUACUGCACUUACUGAGAUGUCAUCCAUCGUCAGUAAGUGCAUCAUCAGAAGAACAUCCGCAUUGCUCACGAAAUAUUUGCCGGUCAAAUAUGAGCUCAUUAUUUGUUGCAAGUUAACAGAAUUACAAGAGAAGUUAUACAGGCAACUUAUCAGUGCAUUUUCAAAGGGUGGAAAGCAAAAAGUAACUGAAGGUGAUAAAAUAACAGGAACGGCACUGUCAUUCAUCACAAACUUGAAGAAAUUAUGUAAUCAUCCGCAAUUGAUACUUAAUAAAUGCCAAAAGAAAGAGGAAGGAUUUGAAGAUUGCUUGAAACUAUUUCCCGGAGAAUUUGGCAAGAAAUUCGAGCCAGCAUUUUCUGGAAAAAUGAAAGUUCUGGAUUACCUGCUGGCAGCAACAAGAGCCACUACAAAUGACAAAUUUGUUCUGGUAUCUAAUUAUACACAAACGAUUGAUGCAUUUGUUGAACUUUGCCAGCUUCGUCGCUAUCCGUAUAUUCGUUUGGAUGGAACCUGUACAAUUAAGCAGCGUGCAAAAUUAGUAGAGAAAUUCAACGAUCCCGAGAGUGUCGAGUAUGUAUUUUUGUUAUCAUCAAAAGCCGGUGGUUGUGGUUUAAAUUUGAUUGGUGCAAAUCGGCUUAUAAUGUUUGAUCCGGAUUGGAACCCAGCAAAUGAUGAUCAAGCGAUGGCUCGAGUAUGGAGAGAUGGGCAAAAGAAAAACUGUUUCAUUUAUCGGUUGUUAUCAACUGGUAGUAUCGAGGAAAAAAUGUUUCAACGACAGGCGCACAAGAAAGCAUUGUCAUCCUGUGUUGUUGACGAAAUUUCUGAUGUGGCUCGCCAUUUUAGUAAGGAUCAGCUACGUCACUUAUUUGAUUUGAAAGCAGAUGUCGCAUCAGACACGCAUCAUUCAUUGAAAUGCGACCGGUGUGUAAAUGGUAUCGAAUAUAGGGAACCUCAGGAACAUGCUGAUACGAACUCUGAUCUCAGUGACUGGUAUCAUGUUCAAAAAGAUGUACGCAAAGUACCGGACAAAGUGCUGAAAAGAGUCUUUGACUGUGGAGCCAUUACAUUUGUCUUUCAUCAGAAAUCGCACGACGUAAGGAACGAAACAUUAAAAAUAGAGGACGAAAUUAAAGAAACAGAGGAAAUUAAAGAAGAUCAAGUGGAAUGA